AUGACUGUUGCUGAACCAAUCCCUCCAAUCUCUGAUUUAAAACCUGCCUCAUCUACUACCUCAUCUACUACCUCAUCUACUACCUCACCCAUUGCCAACUCCUCUUCGAAAUCUCAACAGUACACAUUUAGCUAUUUGAAUAAACCCAAGUCCCGCUUCACUUUGCCCACAGUCCAAUCUCCUUGGGGCUACAAGGUCUGGCUAAGAGAGUUUUGUAAAGCAUUGCGCAAGCAGGGCCUAGGCUAUCUUCUACCUUUACGCGACGGAACCUUUUCACACGUUCCAGAAGAUGAUGAGAAGGACUACAUAACAAGCAUCCACUCUGCUUGCGUUCCUCCAGACAAAUGCCCAAAAUGGUUAAAAUUGAGUCCUGAAGACGAUGCCUCAAUUGUUGACUGCUUCCUACAAGCUGUCAAAAAAAUCAAUGCAGAGGAAUACCCAACAAAUAUCGUCGAUGAGAUGGCAGCUUUGUCACUACUGCCAGAAGAAUCUCUCCAGAGCUUUUUGAAAAGAGCUAAGGAUCUACAGAGAAGAGCAUCAAACGCUAAUUUCCCCGGUGUUGACCAAAUACUCAUCGACAAAACUCUGAUAACUUUGCCUGAGACAUACCACCGGGCUACCGUGACCUUUUACGAUCAAAAGGAUCGAAGCUUCAAAAGGUUCAUGGAAAUUCUCUCAGAAACUGAGACUAAGAUCUCAGAUGGAAAGGAGAUAGACACCAAUACAAUUAAGAAAGAGGUGUUGAAUCUCAAGGUUGACAAAGAGGAGAGAGAUGUCCUGAAGAGAGAAGAGAUAGAUGUCCUGAAGAGAGAAGAGAUAGAUGCACUGAAGAAAGAAGAGGUAGAUUCCCUCAAAAAUAACGAGAUAGAUUCCCUCAAGAAAGAAGAGGUAGAUUCCCUCAAGAAAAAGGAGAUACAGACCUUCGCAAAAGAAGUUUCGAGGAUAUCCAUGCCCGAUGAGGAACCAAUCCAUGAUUUCUUAGCCAGGAUGGGAGAUCUGUAUGAUAGGCUAGCGAGGGCAGAUUUGCUCCAAUUAGAAUCCCAAAUGGUAGCCAAUAUCCUCAGAGCACUACCUAAGAAAUUCGAACUCAUGGUUGCCACAUUUCGUUUAGGAUUCGACCAAGACUUCCCCAGCCUCGUCGCUUUGUUUUCGGACCCAGAAAUUGCCACCAGACUCCUUGGCAUUUAA